CUGGUCUUGGACAGCGCGGAGGGUCCUUACACGCACGGGAACCCGGGGAGACAUUUCUGCAAGCGUGUUGUUUGUCAGCUCAGUAGUAGCUCACCAACUCUUCGUGCAACAUUUCCCCCUUUCUGGUUCUGUGAUACCCGGCACACGGAGCAGAGAGCUGGGGUGUCGGAUAGCGCUGUGAAGGUGGUCUCUGUCCGAUGGGCCAGUAGCAACCAGCAAGCCGGCGGCCGGGCAGCCUUGGGUGUUGUGGAGUCCUAGACGGCGAGGUGGCCGGGGUCCUGCGAACUGAGAUUUGUUUUGCUCAAGGAAACCAGGUUGAAACCUCCGAGCAGCAGAUGCAGGAAGAUGCUGGCUAUGGACCAAGGGGUAGUGGAAGAGUGGUUGUCCGAAUUUAAGACCCUUCCUGAGACCGCAAUCUCCAGCUAUGCUGCAUCUUUGAAAGACAAGACCUCCUUAGUUCCAGCCCUCUACAAAGUCAUCCAGGAGCCCCAGAGUGAGCUCCUGGAGCCCGUGUGCCACCAGCUGUUCGAGUUCUACCGCAGCGGCGAGCCCCGGCUCCAGCGCUUCGCCCUGCAGCUGCUGCCCGAGCUCCUGUGGUGCUACCUCUCCCUGGCCGGCGGCCGGGGCCCGCGCUGCAGCGGCUGCGUGGAGGCACUGCUCCUGGGCAUCUACAACCUGGAGAUCGUUGACAAGGAUGGCCAGAGCAAAGUGCUGUCGUUCACGGUCCCUUCCUUGUCGAAGCCCUCUGUGUACCAUGAGCCGUCCAUGUUCGGGUCGCUGGCGCUGACGGAGGGCGCACUGGCCAUGCACGGCCUGAGCCGCGUGGUGUACAGCGGACCCCACCCGCAGAGAGAGACCUUCACGGCCCAGAACAGGUUCGAGGUGCUCACCUUCCUGCUCCUGUGCUACAACGCUGCCCUGAGCUACAUGACGAGCGCUUCGCUGCAGUCCCUCUGCCAGCUCAGUUCCAGAGUGAGCACCUGUGGGUAUCCCAGGCAGCACUUGAGAAAAUACAAAGGCGUGAACACUAGACUGUCUGUUUCUUCUGAGUUUCUCGUUCAGUUGAUAACGGGCAUUUAUUAUGCCAUGUACAAUGGAGAGUCUGAAAUGGCAUCAAAAGCUUUGGAUGACGUCCUCUACAGAGCUCAGCUGGAGCUGUACCCCGAAGCAUUAUUAGUGGGCAAUGCCAUCAAGUCUUCCUGGCAUGGAGAGGCAUUGAAAUCGAACAAGGAGGGCACUCGCUGUAUUCAGGUAGAAAUCACUCCAACCUCGUCCAGAAUAUCCAGGAACGCGGUUACCAGCCUGUCGAUCCGUGGACAUCGCUGGAAGAGGCACGAUGCGCUCGACCUGACCUCGCCGGAGGACCUGAUGGAGAUCUCGGAAGCGGAUGAGGGCUUCUGCUCCAGGGCAGCCCCGAGCUCCAGCCCGCCCGUGAUCGUCGUCAGCAGCUCCGCUCCCAGCGGGAAGCCGUCGGGGAAGAGCCAGCGGAAGGCAGGCGGCGGCGGCGGCGGCGGCGGCAGGGUGGGGAAAGACAGGGAGGCGGGCUCGGAGAGCUGCCGGGAGCAGCUGUCCCGAAAGCAGGCGCAGAGGGCCAUGAGCGAGAACCUGGAGCUGCUGUCCUUGAAGAGGCUGACCCUGACCACCAGCCAGUCGCUCCCCAAGCCGGGCAGCCUCAGCCUGUCCCACACCGCCAGCGCCGUCUUCAGCAAGUCCUUCGAGCAGGUCAGCGGCGUGUUCGGCGCCGGCCGCUCCGCCGGCGCCUCCGAGGCCAGCCGCUGCUCCGCCUGCAGCCUCCAGGAGGAGAAGCUGGCCUACGUCUCGGAGCACCUGAGCCCCGCCCCCCCGCACAAGCCCCGCCCCCCCAGCAUCAGCAUCCAGCUCUCCACAGACCUGUGACCCCGUGACCCCGUGACCCCCAGCACGGCGCGGAGGGCGGCUCAGGAGACGGAGCUCGUGCCGCUGGCGCUGAGCAAUAGCAGUGUGUGGGCUUGGAACGAGGGCUGCGCUGGGUUCGUGUUGACCGGCCCCAGCACCCCCGCCUGCAGAGAGCUCCCAGCCCAGUCCUGCCUCACCCACUCGCCGAGCUGCUCCAGAGGCGCCGGAUACUGAAGACUGCCGGAACUGAAGGGAUCGUUGUAGGCCUGUUUUUUUUUUAAAAUGUGACAUUCAAUGUGAUCGAUUGUUUUAAGAAUACAGGUACUGCAGAAGAAAAUAACUGAAGAGGGAUGUUUUUUAAACAACAGCCAAACGUCUGGAGGCUACAGUCACGCCCCUGGGGACUGACCGAUACGAACCGAGCCCGAGGAGGAAAGGCGGAUUUUGAGAUUUCAUAUGUGUUUUAUCCCUGGUCUGCGGUGCUCUUGCGUAGGAUCUGGUCUGUCUUGUGACUCUCCCUUUCCCUUUACACACCCUGAGUGUUUUUGCACACUGAAACCUGCCUAAAACUUCACUAAGUUAGAAACCAAAAACCCUGCUGGUGUUGCCGUCCUUGUGUAUUUGACACUGCUGCUGGAUUGAUAUAACAGGCAUUUGCAAAGGAGAGUCUGGAGUUUGAAGGUCAGUGUGUACCUU